CCAACCAGUUUCAAUUGGGCAGUAUAUUUAUAAUCACUACAAGGUCUCCUGCAGCCAGAUAAAUUCUAUUCUAGCAUGGUAACGUUCCGAAGUCCGUACACAGAACAACAGUCAAAAUGAUUCAUGUUGCUGCCUGGACUGUUUUUUUGAUUUUGUUUGGUUUCUGUUCUAAAUAUGUCUUUGAUAUUUGGUACAACAGACGUUUACUGUCAGCUAUACCGUCGCCCAAAGGAAAUUUUUUAAUAGGAAAUCUUCUGAUGAUAAUCACUACCAAACCAGAGGACAUUUUCAAUUUGAUUCGCCAGUUAGCCAAAGAUUAUUGGCCAAUUUACAGAGUCAGUGCUAUAUACGUAACAACCAUUAACAUUUUACAUCCGGCAGAUUUCGAAAUAAUACUUUCCGGUACAAAACACAUGCAAAAAAGUAAACUGUACAGUUUUCUUGAAAACUGGUUAGGGGAAGGUCUUCUAACAAGUUAUGGUCAAAAAUGGCAAACCAGAAGGAAAAUAUUGACACCCGCAUUUCAUUUCAACAUCCUUCAGCAAUUUUUAACAAUAUUCAAUGAAGAAACAGCUAAAAUGGUAUCACGGUUUGAAGAAGUAGCUGAUAAAGAACCUGUUAAUAUUGUACCAUUUGUAACACAGAUGACUCUUCAAUCCAUAGGAGAGACUGCUAUGGGUAUGAAAAACAUCGAUAAAGAAAGGCAAGACGCAUACAAAGAAAGUAUUUACACAAUAGGACAAUUGUUUUUGGUUAAACUAGUAAAACCUUGGAUACGAUUACCAUUUGUAUAUAGAUUUUCCUCAAUUGGAAGGAAAGAGAAAGUAGAAGUAGCAAAAUUGCAUGAAUUUUCAAACAACGUAAUUUUGGAGAGGGAGAAAAUGUUUUUAAAGAACAGAGAUUCGAUAGAAAAGUCAUACAAUGGGAAAAAGAAAAUGGCGAUGUUAGACUUGCUUCUGUCAGCCAAACACAACGGAGAAAACAUAGACUAUAAUGGAAUCAGAGAAGAAGUUGACACCUUCAUGUUUGAGGGGCACGACACAACUGCAAUGGCCAUAUCAUUCUUACUAUUUUGUUUAGCAUACUACCAAGAUGUUCAGAUGAAGGUAUCACAAGAGAUAGACGAAGUGAUUGGCUUGUCAUCUUCUAAACCACCAACAUAUAAUGAUCUUCAAGAACUGAAAUACACCGAAAGGGUUAUCAAAGAGACUUUAAGACUUUACCCAAGCGUUCCUUUCAUCUCCAGGCUGGCCAGUGAAUCAUUUACCACACACACUGGCUAUUUUAUUCCCAAAGGUUCGAUUCUUCACAUGCACAUAUUCGACUUACAUCGGCAUCCUAGUAUUUACGAAGAUCCUGAAAAAUUUGAUCCAGAUAGGUUUCUACCGGAAAACUGUAAAGACAGACAUCCUUUUGCCUUUAUUCCCUUUAGUGCAGGGCCUAGAAAUUGCAUAGGUCAAAGAUUUGCCAUGUUGGAAAUAAAGUCUGUUGUCUGUGGUGUCUUAAGAAAAUUCCGAUUGGAGACGAUGAAUAAACCCAGUGACAUUAAGUUUAUGCCUGAUCUUGUUUUAAGAACUGAGACUGAAAUAAAGAUUAAAUUUAUCACUAAGUAACAACGUAUCAUCAGUAUUGAAUUAUUAUUUUAACUUAAAAUUAAUUUUAAUAAAUUUAUCAAUGCAG